AUGGACGACCCAGAAGACGACGGACAACUAGACAUUUGUCGUGUCUGUCGCUGUGAGGGAACAGGAGACAAGCCAUUGUAUCAUCCUUGUGUCUGCACUGGAAGCAUCAAAUAUGUACAUCAGGACUGUUUGGUGCAGUGGCUCAAGUACAGCCGGAAAGAGUAUUGUGAGCUAUGUAAACACAGAUUUUCAUUUACACCAAUUUAUUCUCCAGACAUGCCGAAUCGUUUGCCUAUCAAGGAUAUUGUUAGUGGCCUGGUUACCAGCAUGGCCAGGGCUAUCAGAUACUGGUUUCACUACACGCUGGUGGCAUUUGCUUGGCUGGGCGUGGUUCCACUUACAGCAUGUCGAAUCUACAGGUGUUUGUUUACAGGCUCUGUCAGCUCUUUGCUCACGUUACCACUUGAUAUGCUGUCAACAGAGAACUUAGCUGGAGACUGUUUUCAAGGAUGCUUGGUAGUGACCUGUACAUUAUGUGCGUUCAUCAGCUUAGUGUGGUUGCGUGAGCAGAUCCUGCACGGUGGAGGCCCUGAGUGGUUGGAGCAACUGGGGCUUCCCAACAAUGCUCGUCGGAAUGAGCUCGGGGGCGCUGGUUUCAAUAACCUGAAUCUGAUUGGUGGUUUGGCCGGCGGGGGUGGUGGCAACGGAGCUGGCAUUCUGAAUGCAGCGCAGGAACCAGCUGAACCUGUUGCUGAUGGAGAGAAUGAACGAGGGGCUGAUGUUGUGGAGGUUGAUGAGUUGAUUGGCGAGGAUGUCAACAAUGGGAACAAUGCAGCUGCCCAAGAUGAUAACAACUGGAAUCCUAUAGAAUGGGACAGAGCUGCAGAAGAACUGACAUGGGAGAGGCUUCUUGGUCUGGAUGGGUCAUUAGUAUUUUUGGAGCAUGUAUUCUGGGUGGUGUCUUUAAACACCUUGUUUAUUCUUGUGUUUGCAUUCUGCCCCUACCACAUAGGCCACUUUGCUUUAGUUGGUGCUAAUGUUGAAGAUAUGGUGGUGGCAUCUCAUUUUGAGGGAUUGCUGACUACUCUGGCAGGAUAUCUUGUUAUUGCCGUCUCCCUCCUUAUUAUCUACACACUUUGUUCAUUGACCCGGUUGCGGAAGGGCCAGAGAAUUUUUGGUCUUUGUUAUGUUGUUGUCAAAGUGAAGCUCUUGGUCGUCAUGGAAAUUGGGGCAUUUCCACUUGUGUGUGGUUGGUGGCUGGACAUUUGUUCGUUGUCCAUGUUUGAUGCUACACUGAAAGACAGAGAAUCCAGCUUCCUCUCUUCACCCGGCACAUCCAUGUUUAUUCACUGGCUUGUGGGCAUGGUUUAUGUUUUCUACUUUGCCUCCUUCAUCCUCCUGACACGGGAAGUUCUCAGACCUGGUGUCUUAUGGUUCUUGAGAAAUCUUAACGACCCAGAGUUUAACCCAAUUCAAGAGAUGAUUCAUUUGUGUGUGCUGAGACAUUUUCGACGUUUUAUAGCUUCCGUGGUGAUAUUUGGGAGUGCGGUGCUGCUGAUGUUGUGGCUGCCUAUUCGAGUCAUCAGGAUGGUUUUUCCUGGGUUCUUACCUUACAGGGUCGUGGUGUCCAGUGAAGCUCCUGUGAGCGAGCUAUCUCUGGAGCUGUUGCUGCUUCAGGUUGUUUUGCCAUCACUUCUCGAAGCUGGCCACACUCGGGCCAUGUUGAAGAAGCUGGUUGAAGGAUGGUCAAAAGCCAUGGCAUGGUUGUUAGAUCUCCGAUCCUAUCUUAUUGGUGAUGUGCCCUUGGAUGGGGAGGAUAUUGCAAACAUUGUGCAGGGCAAUGAACCCCAAAACCUUCCAGAUGCCAGGCAGAACAACGCUGGACAGCCAGCUCCACCACCUGCUCAGGACCUUGGGGAAGGACUUGGGGCGGCCCACCAAGCCAUGCUGCAGGGUGGUGGUCCCACAGGAUUUCAGCCAUACAAACGACCAUCAUUUUUUGCAGCAAGGAUUUUUGCUCUCCUGAUUAUGAUGUGCCUGACUUUCUUUUUGGCCAGCACAGUUUCAUUAGUAUUGCCAGUCUUCAUUGGAAGACAGCUGAUGUGGCUGUGGGUUGGAGACACCAAGAUCCAUGAGCUCUACACCGCUGGCUGUGGCCUGUACAUCUGCUGGCUGUGUCUGCGAGUGUCCACUGUCAUCGCUGGCUGGUACCUGCAAGGCUGGGCAAUCAUCAAAGCAAAGCUGCGGCUCUGGGGACUGUUGAUAGUCAAGUCCCUGGUGAUGGCUAUUGUUCUGUUGAUGGUGAUUCCCUUGUUACUGGGGCUGCUGUUUGAUGUUAUUAUUGUGGCCCCCAUGCGGGUUCCACUGGACCAGUCUCCCAUCUUUUUCCCAUGGCAGGACUGGGCCUUGGGCGUCCUCCAUAUGAAGAUUCUGACCGCGGUCAUCAUGAUGGGUCCUCAGUGGUGGCUCAAGAGAGCCAUUGAACGGGUGUACAAUGAUGGCAUGCGUAACCUCAACAUGAAAUUCAUCAUGACCCAGAUCUGUAUGCCUGUGUCCACCUGCCUGGGUUUGGCUCUGGCUGUACCUUAUGUCCUUGCCCACAGUAUUGUUCCUGCAUUUGGAGUCACCCUGGAAACUGAAACCCUGGUGGUAAGGAGGAUAUACCCAUUUCUUCUGACGGCGAUCAUUUGCUCAGCCAUGCUGGUGUUUCAGAUCAGGCAGUUCCGCCGGCUCUACAACCAUAUUAAAGAUGACAAGUACUUGGUUGGGCAACGCCUGGUCAACUACAUCCACCAUGCAACAAGCCAGGAGUACAGGAAACAGCCGGAAGCAACAGCAUUGUGA